GAGUUAAACAAAUGGAUAAGUUUACCAGCGAAUCCAUGAAGGCACAAGAAGCUCAACCUGAUAUUAUCAUCAUCCAAAAGGAAUCAGUAGAGGCACCCUUCGGAUCAUAUAUCCCCCAGGCUCUUCAAGAAUCAAAUGAAGUGGUGUCAAAAAUUCUUAGUGAUUUGCAGCCCAGCAAACCAGUGCUUUGGAAGCAGUUAACAUGGCAGAGGAAGAAACAUUGGACACAUAACAAAAGGGAAAGAAAACCUUCCAAUAAAAGAAGGGAAAGGAAACCUUCCAAUAAAAGAAGGGAAAGAUUUAGAAAGCAUUUGGAAAGAAGUACAAAACCAAGGUUUGCAGACAGACAGGACUGGAUUCCCAGAAGGUUUAAAAGGCAAGAAUGUAGGAUCAGAAACACACAGAACAGUGAAGACAAAAUACAGAAAGCCAUAGAACAGAAAGAAAUCCUUAGAUGUGUAAGAAGUACCUAUUUUGGUGAGAAGGAAUCUAAAUCACAGGCAACACAUUCCAAUGAUCGUAAAAGAAGAAAAGCCAAUGAAGUCAUCACUUACAAUGUCAAGGAAGGACAACUCUUAGGACUAAAGGGAAGAGGAACAAGAAGAAGAAGAUCAACAUACCCAGGAAAGCCAAACUUUGUUUCUUCAAAACCCUUUGAUAGCUAUACUUCCUACAGUUUGUCUUCUUAUUUUACCCCUACUAGCUCCCAGAGUACAUUACCAAGAAGAAUGAAGAGAAACGUUUCCAGUUUUCAUAAAAAAGAAGGUAGUUUUGAGGAUACAUUUUUGAUCAACACAAAGGAACAGAAAAUAAGAGAGAGAGAAAUGGAAGCAUUUCCAAAGAAAAGAGCAGCCAGAGAAACACAGCCGGUCAAAAAUGUAAGUCUUAAACUGAAAACCUUAAAAUCUCAAGAGAAAUUAUCUAACAUGGUAGACCGUCUGUCAGACCCAUCCAAUAACAUGUCAAAAGAUGAAAAACUCACCUACAUGCAUGAACUCCUAGAUGAAUUAAAGUUAUUCAUUAAGCUGUUGGAGCAGCAAAUACUACUACAGUCACUAAAUAACUUUGUUUAUUCAACCACAGUUUCUGGCUCGCAAAAAUAGAGAGCUCUAAUAUUGCCGAAUUUAAAAACGUUGCUAUUUUGUUACAUAAAAAUCCUGAUAAUACGUUUAGUAAUUUUAUUUUGGCUAAAUCAGUCUUUAAAUCAUAAUGUUGGUUUAUAGCUUGUAUAAGAAAAAGGUUUUGGAUAAACGACUGAAAAAAUAUUACAAUAAUUCCUAA